AUGCGCUACUUGAGGCCCGUUAUUUGUGUUGACGAUAGUCGCUUGAAAGGUCCAUACAAAGGUACACUUUUGCUGGCAACCGGCCAAGAUGCCAACAAACAGAUAUAUCCCUUGGCAUGGGAGAUCGUUGAUGCUGAAACAAAUAGAUCUUGGAUGUGGUUUAUGUCCAACUUGAAAGAGCUUAUAGGCGACUCUGCUGAAUUGGUUUUUGUUUCCGACCGGAAGAAUAGCAUUUCCAAUGCCAUUGCUCGCAUAUUUCCUCAGUCCCGUCAUGGGUACUGUAUCUGGCAUCUAGAAAAGAACUUAGUACAGCGGUAUAACAACGCAAGUGUAAUAUUUCUAUUCAAACGAGCUACACGAACUUCUCGGAUCGAAGAGUUUGAAAGACUUAUGAGACAGAUCUGUAGGGUAAGUGCAAGAGCGUACGGGUACUUAGAGCGAGCAGGUUUCUCGUUUUGGUCACGAGCACUGUUUGUUGGUCAAAGGUACAACAUUUUGACAAAUAACAAUGCCGAAUCUUUGAACUCAAUGUUGAGACAUGCCCGUUCAUUACCGAUCACGUGCUUGGUCGAACACAUUCGACAAACUAUGCAGAAGUGGUUUCACGAAUGUCAAAUCAGUGCAAUCACAUGUACUGGCAUGCUGUCGUUGAGGAUGGAGAACGAGUUGCGGACAACGUUUGAAGCAGGUACAAGGCUUCGAGCUCAUGGCUUGACAGAACAGUUAACACAGGUUGGAAUGUCCAACGACGCGGACAUCGUCGACUUCUCUGAUAACAGCUGCACUUGUCGUGAGUUUGAAAUUAAUCGUAUGCCAUGCGUUCAUGCCACUCGAGCCGCCUGCUUGCGACGUAUGUCAUUGUACGACUUAUGCUCACUGUAUUACACAUCGAAAUACUGGAGAGGUGCCUAUAGCGAAGCUAUAUAUCCCGUUAUGCAUAAAGUGGACUGGAUAGUGCCAAACGAAAUUACAGGUACUCCUAUUAGGCCACCCAAUGUACGUCGUCCUCCAAGUAGACCACCUACAAGACGUCAGCGAUCCAUAUUCGAGUCCGCCACACGACUGAGAAAAUGCACUCGCUGUGGUGGACUAGGUCAUAAUCGGAGCACAUGUUCCAACCCCAUUACACCACCGACCGUUUAA